AUGGCCAGGUAUUUUGAAAAUACCACAACUUUUAACUUCAGUUGGGACCAAGUUGCAUGCGGAUACUGGAAAAGAUAUCCUAAUCCACAGAGCACACAUGUGUUAUCAGAGGACACUUGGAGCAGGCAUGUGAGGGAUGGAUGUCUUUACACAAAGAGGCUCCUCACUAAAACAAAUAGAGUGCCGAAAUGGGGUGAGAGGUUCUUCAAUGCCAAAUCAGUCAAGAUAAUAGAGGAGAGUGUUGUUGAUCCCAAGGAGAAAGUUCUAGUCACAUACACCAGAAAUUUGGGAUACACAAAAGUUAUGAGUGUAGUGGAGCGAGUGGAGUACAGAUCAUUGGGGUCUGGCCAGACUAUAGCAAAGCGGUCCGCCUGGAUUGAUUCACAAGUGUUCGGCUUUUCGAGACCGAUACGCGCCUUUGGAGUUGAUAGGUUCAAGAAGAACUGCACUCAGAUGGUAAAUGGAUUUAACUACGUAUUGCACAGUAUGUUCCCACGUCAGUCGCCACAGCAUAACGUGACGCCGAUGGGCCACACUCUGAAGGAGAUGCGCGAAGCUGCGGCCGCCGCUACCGACCGCGCUAAAGCGAACGUGCUCUCUUCAGUCAACAGAACAUAA